GUGGCUGUAACGUAGCCUGUAGCGUAAAUUCUCCAUGGUGAUGCUUAUGUCGUUUCAGUAAACACAAAACAUAACUUGAUGUACCUAUCCUAGCACUGUUCCCUUAGAAAUACGUUUUUAAUGAACCCCUUACAUGACCUGAAGUAUGACUGUCGUCCUUAACGAGAACAGUUCAUAAAAUUAAAAUGUAACGCAUGGCCAACAAAUUGUCUUUUAAUUUGUUUUCAUCUAACUUUAAUUCAAACCACAGUGAACAUUCAUUCUCGUACAGUUCAUCUAUCAGCUGCACGCUGGGGCUGCCAAUCAGUUUAACCUCCUCCCAACGGUGACUCCCCCCACUCGAUACGGUCCUCCUUUCGCUCCACUUGAUGGCGCUCCUUUGUUAGCCUUUCUCGCUUUCUAUAGCCUUUUCCAAUUCACAGAGCAGAACGGGCCAGGCACAUUGACAGCAGCAACGACAUCAUAAAAGCGCCUCCUGCACCCGCCAACCCAGAAACAACAUCUCCUUUAACAGCGUAGGUUUACAUUUUCUUCGUAGGGGAGACUUGGGAUCGCUAAAAGCGUACGAGAGACUCUGCGGGGAGGCGUCGCUGCAGAAGCAAGCAGCUUUUAGCCAGGAAUUAUCGGGGAAAAAAUCACAGAGCGACAACAAAAAACAAAUCCGUGGCUGAGUGGCGGCGGGAGGCAGAGGAGCUCGGCAGAGGGGAACAUUGGAGACCUCCGAAUUAAUAUGGCAAUGUCCCUCAUCCAAGCCUGCCGCAGUCUGGCUCUCUCAACAUGGCUGCUCUCCUUUUGUUUUGUGCAUUUGCUUUGCCUGGACUUUACGGUGGCGGAAAAGGAGGAAUGGUACACCGCUUUCGUAAACAUCACCUACCUGGAUCCCGCGACUUCGGAGAUCAAAACGGAGAAAACCGAGUGCGGUCGCUACGGCGAGCACUCUUUAAAACAGGAUGCCAAGGGGGUGGUGGUGAUGCCCUCGUCUUUGCACGACAGGCAGGCUUGCGACCCCAACACCAAAUUCACUGUCCCCCCAAACGCCAACACCUGGAUAGCUCUAAUAACUAGAGGUAACUGCACUUUCAAGGAAAAAAUCCGUCACGCUGCAAACCAAAACGCGUCUGCCGUGGUCAUAUUUAACGUGGGCUCCGGCAAUGCCAACGAAACGAUCACAAUGCCCCAUCCUGGCACAGGAGACAUUGUGGCCAUUAUGAUUCCCGAGCCCAAAGGAAGGGAGAUAAUGUCCCUGCUGGAGAAGAACGUGACCGUGAUGAUGUACAUUACAAUCGGAACACGCAACCUGCAGAAAUACGUCAGCCGGACCUCUGUAGUUUUUGUGUCCAUUUCUUUCAUAGUGCUCAUGAUCAUCUCCCUAGCAUGGCUUGUCUUCUACUACAUUCAGAGGUUCAGAUACGCCAAUGCCCGGGACAGGAACCAGAGGCGUCUUGGAGAUGCAGCAAAAAAAGCCAUCAGCAAGCUUCAAGUGCGAACCAUUAAGAAAGGGGACAAGGAAACUGAAUCAGAUUUUGAUAACUGUGCAGUUUGCAUUGAAGGCUACAAACCAAAUGAUGUUGUCCGAAUUCUACCUUGUCGGCAUCUAUUCCACAAGAACUGCGUAGAUCCAUGGCUUCAGGAUCAUCGGACUUGUCCAAUGUGCAAAAUGAACAUUCUUAAAGCUUUGGGGAUCCCUCCCAAUGCGGACUGUUCUGACGAGAUUCUGCCAGACUACGAAGUCUCCAUCGGGGGACCGCCCACCAAUCAGGUCACAGGCGCCAGUGACGUCACAGUGAACGAGAGCUCUGUUGUGCUGGACCCUGCCGUGCGCACAGUCGGGCUGCCACAGGUCUUCCGUGACAGCGAGCUGCUGCCUCCGGCGGGAGAGAGCAACAUUGCUACCAGGAUUUUUCUGCUUGUCCGAGCCUUUUCUUCCCAUUGACGAGUGUGGCCAAUAUUUGCAACAUUAGCUCUCUUCCGCCGUCAACAGUUGAACACAGCUGAAAGCCAGGCAAGUGUCUUGACGUGUCAGUGCGAAGGCAGACCUCUCUCCCACCUGAACCUCACUUCUGGACCUCGUUGGGUUCUCCCCUGGAGCACUAGCUUCCUGUGCUCAGGGGUAGUUGUUAUAAACUGCUGAGACAAAUAAAUCUCUCAUUCUUCAAUUCUUCUAAAACAUUUUACAGGCCCAGGCUUUUGCUCAGUUGGCAUGACUGCAUUUCAUGACUAAUUCAGCCCCACCCUGAAAAAGCCAACUGCUUCUUCAUGCCUCCUGCCGAUGUUGUCUUACAGACUGACGAGACAAAAGAUUUAUGUUUGCUCCUCCACGGGAUGUCAUCCAGCUGGAGUCCUGUGGGGUUCAUUUUCAAGAACACGGAAAGGGGGGUAGCAUAAUACUGGCAUAAUUAAAGUUUUCUAAAGAGUGUUUUUGAUAAAGUGCAUAUGGCUUGAUACAGUAUCUCAAAGUUUCUGUUUCCAUGAUGCAGUGAUUUAUAUAGAGUUUUAACAGAACAGCUAAUGGCAUGGGAAGGCAAAGAUCAGAGAAUCACUCAACACGUUUUAAAUCCAUGCACUUUGUUUUUGUGGAAUAAGCCACUGAGUUCUUUCUUUUUGAAACAUUGCUUAGAUAAGGACUUUCUAAUUAAAGUCAUUGGUUAUGGUGUGUUCGUUUCAAAUGGUAGCUGCCUGUGUGCAGCAUAUUUCCAGUGGAUCCUAUGUGGCUACCUUGAUGGUCAUGCUAACAGACAUUGACAUGGACAAUGACUCACCUGCCCUUUAAAAGUCACUGCAGUCUGUGCUUUGUCAUGACACAGUAGUUCUUGAUAUUUGAGAGCUUCUCAUGUUUAAGAUAAGACACUGUUUAUGGCUUGCUUAUAACUAUAAUGCUGUACAACACUGUUUUGCCAGUAAAUGUGGUAAAGAUGUUAUCUGAAAGUAAGCAUAUGCAAGGUCGACAGUGUUAUGAUUGUGUAUUUAGAGCUGAUAUACACAUCUAUAACUCGAUCAUAAAUCUUCCAAUUAUUUUAUGGUUCCCAUUUGUGAGGAGAAAUUGAAUUGGAUUCUUUUGAAAAGUCACCAUUUCCUAAUUUAAAUUGUUUUUUUUUUCCACAAAACUUUCAAUG